UUCAGAAAUUACAAACACCUUUUGUGUUGGUUCUUUACACAAAUAUGGAUGCAAAAUUGCAGAUAUUCUUACAGAAGUUUCCACAUCUUAAAAUACAACUAGAAGACAUAACAUCAGCCACCAACAACUUCGACUAUCAGAACCACUGUAUUGGACGCGGUGGUUUUGGGAAUGUUUACAAAGGAGAACUGUCUCACUCUGAGGGGCGAAGCAUGGUCGCUAUUAAGCGUCUGGAUCGUACCCGUGGACAAGGAGCACCUGAGUUCUUGAAAGAGAUAACGAUGCUUUCCGAUUACAAGCAUGAAAAUGUUAUCUCUCUUCUGGGAUUUUGUUGCGAAAGGGGUGAGAUGAUCCUGGUUUACGAGCAUGCAUCUCGUGGAAGCCUUGACCGCUACUUAAGGUCCACUCAUCUCACGUGGAGACAACGCCUGAAGAUAUGCCUUGAUGCUGCGAAGGGAUUAAGCUACCUUCAUGAUCCGAGGGAGACACACCGAAGACUUAUCCAUUGUGAUAUAAAAAGCGCCAACAUUCUACUCGAUGACCAAUGGAAAGCUAAAGUUUCGGACCUCGGGCUAUCAAUAAUUGGGUCUGCUAAUGAGGAGCACUCAGUUAUUGUCACCCUGGCAGCAGGUACCCAUGGGUACUGUGAUCCGGAGUAUGCGAUGACACACACCCUUACAAAAGAGUCGGACGUAUACUCUUUUGGUGUGGUCUUAUUCGAAGUUUUAUGCGGGACAUUAUGCUGUACAUAUAGCAAUGGUCGUGUUGAGCAGAAUUUAGUGCGCACGUGGAUUGAAAGCUAUGAAGAGAAGAAGUUAAAUGAUAUCGUCUUUAAAGAUCCGAACAUUCAACCACUGGAGCAGAGUGCUUUAGAAAUAUUUUCAGACAUUGCGUAUCAAUGUUUGAAGGAAUCUCGUGAAGAUCGACCGAAGAUGGCUGAGGUUGUGGCAGAACUUGAGAGUGCACUAGAAAGUCAAGAGUUGUUCGAAAGUCAAGAGUUUAGUGAGUGGAAAGGAAAACUUUUUUUCUAUGAAGAGCUGAGUAAGACUACAGAAUCUCCUUUGAAUUACAGAUCCGAAGUUGAAUUUAUGAAACUUUUGUACAAAGGGGUCCUCCUUAACGGUGGCAAAACGUGGUUUUCAUUAAAUAAGAAGGGAGAACACUGUGAGAUGAUAUCUAUUGCCGAAUGUUUGGGUUCAGAAGUCUUGAGUUCUAGAUUCUCAUCUAAAUAUAAUUCAAGAUUUGCUGCAGGCACCUACGAAUAUUUCUUUAAGAAUGAGGUAUGGAAAGCAGAUGUAAAAACUCAGUUCUUGUCGCCAGGAAUCACAUACACGGUGAACCUUGUGUUCACAUUUCGGCACCCAGUUAUAGAUGGAAGGUGUAGUUAUAUAGGCCUCAACUACAGAUUAAAAGAGGAGACAGAGAAUUCAAUAUCACACCUGGCGUAUGUGAGAAACGAUGGGUGGUGGACGUGUGAAUUGUAUCAGCUUACUACUGACCAUACAACUGUUGAUCUUCAAAUUUUGUUUCACAGCUCCAGUUUUUUUUCUCCUUUAAUGGAAAUAGAAGGCAUCGAAUUUCGGCCCUUGGAGAACGUGGAACAUAAAGAUGAGAAUCAACCCAUCUCAGAUGUAGAUUCGGAUACAAAUUGGGAAGAAAAAAUGCCAACUGAUUACGAAGGCCUAAUAAAAAGGUCAGAAAACAGUCUGCAAUGGACAACCAAGGAGGAAGCGUACUCAAUUAUCCACAAAGGCUUAUUUUUCAGUGACGACGAGAAGAAGAGACGCAUUUGGUUUUCUCUUGACAAAAACGGGAAGAAAUGCCAUAUGCUAUCGGCAGUUCUAUGGUGGUCCUAUCAGGCCACAUCUGGCAAGAGGAUGUUUUGUCCGGAAUCACGAUUUGAAGAAGUUGUUCACUGGGAUUCGGACUCUUUUCUUAUCACGACUAAACUCCAAUCCCGACUAGUAUCAACCGGAACAACAUAUGCAAUUUACCUUGUCUACAAAUUACCAAACGACCAAUCUGGAUUUGAGGCUCCUAUGGAAGUGAGCGGCAUAAAACGCAAAUCAGGAAAUAUAAUUUGGUAUAGCCAUUUAACAUGUCCUCAAACCCCUGUUAUUAGACCAAAGGCUGGUCAAAACACCCACAACCCGCUCAAUAAGCCAAAAUUUAAAGGUCUUCCACAACAAAGGAACGAUGGUUGGAUGGAAGUACAAAUAUGGGAAUGGGGAACUCCUACUACCACAUACAAGGAUCUUAUGUUGAGGCUUUGGUUGAGACUCUGUGACAGGACGAAGUUUGGCGAGCUUAUUAUUGAAGGCAUUGAGUUUAGACCCAUAUAGAUUUUUCUUUUCUUUUUAUUUAUAAUGGACAAGAGUUAAUCAUAAGUACAAAA